CCAGGAGCGGAGGCGGCUUGGCGGGAUGGCGCUGAGGAACAGCGUUUCCGGAGGGCAGAGCACCGUCCCGGCCUCAGAACUGACGCUCAGAGGGAGGAAGACGAGGGAGCGGCGCGCACAGCUUCCUGGGAAGAGCGAGGGACCUUCAGGGACAAUCUGUGAGGACUUGGGUAGAAAUGACCUCGACAUGAAACCAUAGUACUGGUAUUCCCAGUGGGCAGGCCCCAUUCCUGUUGUUAGCCUGUGUUAAGAGAGUGACAGCUCCUGCACCUGGAAAGUCUCUCUUCCAGCGGCUGCUGGGUGAAGCAAGAUCAUCAGCUCUGACAUGCAAAAGCUCCAUUGACUCACUGCAGUUCCCUCUACAUCUAAUCAGAUUUUUGAGGCAAGAGCAUUCGUGAUAACACAGUGAGUAACUGGUUUUUGGAAAUUUUUGUGGCAGUUUAGAGAAGCUGGGGUCUGGAGGAAGAAAGAGUUCCUGAGAUCAGUAAACAGGGUCAACUUAUGGAAAGACAGUUCUCAGGGCUUAGGAUAGGGUUGGCAUUUGCAGGAAUGGAUUUAUAGGCCUCAUGUGGUAAAUGAUAAAUUGACUUUAAUAUGUAUCUGCAUCAGUGAACAUCUAGGUUUUCCCUUUCUCUAGUCCCUGUGGUCAUAUGGUUAGUGAAAUGGAAGCAAAGAAAAUUAAGGAGUCAAAAGACUUUAUUGAAAUCUGUGGCAUGCCUUUGGAUAUCAUUUCUAAUUUAUCUAUUCAUCCACCCAUCCAUUCAGCACUUAACUGGACACCAUCCAAAUGCUGUGAGUCACUUUACCAAGCAGCUCUGCAAGGAGUUGGAAUGGGAGGGCAGUGAGAAUGUUACACUGUUAAAUAUUUACAAGGCAAGCCACUUGCCCUGAUCAUCUAUCAGAAAUUACCUGUAUGAAUGCAGGCCAGAUCAGUGACAUCACCCUUCGCUCAUGUCUAGAUGUAUAAAAUAGUCAUAUUUUCUGGGUAGCCUCAGGAAGUAAAAUCUUAAAUCUUCACUUGCUGAGUCCCUAACAAUAGUAAACAGAGAAGGAAACAAACCUUUAUAAAAUUGCAUUUAAAAACUCAUUCCUUCCAUUCUUCCUUCAUAUAUCUCCUCUAGGAUCAUUUGUUGAGUUCCUGCUAUGUGCAGUGUACUCUGCAGAUGUGGUGAAAAGAGAGAAAAUAAAAUGAUAAAGAGAAAGUGGUAAUAAAAUGUGAAAACUAAAUAAAUGAGAGAAAAGGAUGACAGGAUGACUAUGGUCUUCUCUCAAAAGUAAAAUGGCUAGUCACUCAAGAAAAUAAUUGAUUCUGUGGCUGCAAUCAUGAUAGUAAAAAUGUGGAUCCUCAAAUUAAAAAAUAAACCAUAAUUCCAUAGUGAUGGAAAUAUUCUGUGACACCCUGUUCACUUACACUAGGUACCUGAACUGAAUUUUCUUUCCACAUUAAAUGGCUGAAAAAGGUGGCUGAUGAGUCAACACAGUGCACCUCAUACCCUCAUACACCCUCUCCUUUCAUUUAAUGACUAAUCCAGCCCCUUCUUUGCUCCUCAGCACACAUCUCACUGCCGCCGUGGAGAGGGCAUGACAGAAAAUCAAACAUCAGUCACAGAAUUCACUCUCUUGGGAUUUUCACUCAGCCCAAAGAUUCAGAUAUUCCUCUGCAGCCUCUUCUCCCUUUUCUAUGCCUUCACUCUGCUGGGGAAUGGAGUCAUCCUGGAGCUCAUCUGUCUAGACUCCAAACUACAUACCCCCAUGUAUUUUUUCCUGUCACACCUGGCCGUGGUGGAUAUUUCAUAUGCUUCCAACAAUGUCCCCAAGAUGCUGGCAAACUUUCUAAGCAAGGGAAAAACAAUCUCCUUUGCCUCGUGCAUUAUGCAGACCUUCUUGUACAUGGCCUUUGCUCACACCGAGUGUCUCCUUCUGGUGGUGAUGUCCUAUGAUCGCUAUGUGGCCAUCUGCCACCCCUUGCAAUAUUUUGCCAUGAUGAGCUGGAGAAUCUGCAUCACCCUGACUGUGACUUCCUGGGCCUGUGGCUGCAUCUUGGCCCUGGUCCAUGUGGUUCUCCUCCUGAGGCUGCCCUUCUGCGGGCCUCAUGAAAUCAACCACUUCUUCUGUGAAAUCCUGUCUGUCCUCAAGCUGGCCUGUGCUGACACAACGCUCAACCAAGUGGUCAUCUUUGCUGCUUCUGUGUUCAUCUUGGUGGGGCCCCUGUGCCUGGUGCUGGUCUCCUACACGCGCAUCCUGGUUGCUAUCCUGAGGAUCCAGUCUAGGGAGGGCCGCACAAAGGCCUUCUCCACGUGCUCCUCCCACCUCUGUGUGGUGGGACUCUUCUUUGGCAGUGCCAUUGUCAUGUACAUGGCCCCCAAAUCCAGCCACCCUGAGGAGCAGCAGAAGAUCCUUUCCCUGUUUUAUAGCCUUUUCAACCCUAUGCUGAACCCCCUGAUCUACAGCCUGAGGAAUGCAGAGGUCAAGGGUGCCCUGAGGAGGACGCUGUGGAAACAGACAUCAAGGUGAGAGAAGACAGGGAGUCUGAAAGGUGGGAAAUUUGCUCUCUCUGGGAUUUGUGGGAUUGGUAAUAUAAAUGCCUAAAGUCACAUCACUUAAAUUUCUAAACUUAAGGCUAUAUAUUGAUCAAAUUCUGUGAAAGGGAAGGGAAAAAGAAAAAAUAUAGGCUAGUUUCACACACAUAUGAACUUGACAGGAAAAACUGACCAAAAAGUUCAAGCUUCUGCAAAAGGUAACUGGAAUAGAUGAUUUAUAAAGAAAUGUAUUCUCCAUUUCGGUGUCCACGGGAAGUACAUGGCUGACCAGACUUGCAUGGAUCGUUGAGGCCUUGGUGCAUAACCACCAGCGUCAAACUUGGGGUGCAGACUCCCACCUGGCCGUGGCACAGGGGAGGAGGAGGGCAGAGCUACUGGCCCUGUGGUUCCUCUGAAGAACAAAAUGGGAGAUGCUGAAGCAGGCAAGAUCUUUAUUGAGAAAUGUGCUCAGUGCCACACAGUAGAAAAAGGUGGAAAACACAAGACUGGUCCAAAUCUUUGGAGGUCUCUGGCCAAAAAACAGAACAAGCAGGAGGAUUCUCUUAUUCUGAUGCAAACAAACAAACAAAAAAAGGUACUACCUGGGGAGAAGAUACUCUGAUAGAAUAUUUGGAGAACCCAAAGAAAUAUAUCCCUGGAACUAAAAUUG